UUAUAUCCAAUUGCAAAGUGGAAGAAAACUAUUAGGCUUUCUUGUACAUGGCGUUAUUGCACAUCACCGAUUUAGACGUUCUGUUGUAAAGUCAUUAGAGCAUUAAAUCUAUUUAAGUUGUUUGAAGCAAUCUGAAGCCGAUGUAGAAAAAUUAUUUACAUAUGAAAUUGCAAAACUGAGGGAAAUGAUUCUGAUGUGAAAGUCCUGGGACGGAUAUAAAUUCGGAUAAUUCAAAAAUGUAGACCAGACUCUCUUGGGAAAGUAAAUACGUUGAUUAUACAAGGUUUGCUAAAUACUUACCGCCAACGCUGACAUUCCAGCUUAUCUAACAGUGAAUAAAGCAUUCACAAUAUAGCCUGACAGACAUUUGGAAUUUUUGAUUAAGACAAUUUUUUUUUCCUCGCAGCCACUUAUGUAUGCGUCUAUAUUUCAUAAUAAAAUAACAUAAUAUAUUUGCAUAAAUAGUUAUAUAAUUUUAUACUAAAUGGAUAUUAUACAGAAGGUGGAUCAGGCUACAGUCACUGAGACACCAAAGGCUAAGCGCCGCAGCAAAGAAAAAUUGGCGAAAAUCAUUGAAGAUAUUGGCACAAGUAAGGAUGAUCUAGCUAGGGAUGGGAGAGCUAAAAAAGCCCCUAAAGUUCCGCUGAAACAAAAAUUGAUUGAGGUUUCCGAAGAGAACCAAAAUUUGAGCAAUUCCAUUACUGCGAAAAAUGCAGAAAUCUCCGAUUUAAAACGUUCAAUACAGUGUCUAAAUGAAGUGCUAAACUCAGUGCCCAUUGACGAGUUGCGUUGCAAUUCGUCUAUAGCAAGCUCCAAGUUAUUGGAGUUAAGUAAAAAGAAUCGCGUACUUCGUGCUGAGCUGGAAACUACUAAAAAUCAAGUUAGCAAAAAAGAUGUGCAAAUUAAAAAAUUGGAACGCGAACUAAAGCAUGCUGAAGAUAGGCUGCACAAUGGAGUUGCCGAAACUCACAAGGACCCAUCAGAUGAGCUGCGCGCCAAAUUAAGUACUGUACAGCAGAAAUUAUUUGAAACGCGAAAUAAAAAUACCGAAUUACAAAAUCAGCUCAAGCUUGCACAAAAAUGUCUGCAACAGGAAAUCGGUGAGCAUUUUAAUUUGACUACACUGAACUCACAGGCACAGAACUUCAACUGGCGUGGCCGCGCACAACAAAUCUUGCAUCUACAGCAGAAAGUUCAUGAAUUAAAAGAGCGCCUGGACAUGGUAGAUAGGCAUACCAUUGAUGGUCGACCCAUUGCCUUUGGCAAUGAUGGCACAAUCACAAAGAGUUCUGGUGAUCGUUCGCUAAGCCAUGAGGAAGCCAGGGAGACACUGAAUGCGAGUACCACCUCUUUUGAUCGCUACAACACAGUCGUACGAAAAACUGAAAUAUUGCAUCGAGCUAAAGUUGAAGGUCUCGAAAAAGAAAUUGCCACACUCAAAGCACAACUGGAAGAGCAACGUGGUAAAGUCUUGGCGCUGAAGGUGCGUAACAAAACACUCAACGAAGAUGUGCUGAGGUUUAAGAUCAAGGCGAAUACGCUGGAGGUACAAACAGAUUACAAUGGCUUGAAUUUAACGAAUAUGAAUGAAAAGAUGAAUGUGCAACGUUACCAGUACGAAAAUCGUUUGGAAGAGAUGACACGGCAAUUAAACGAUUUGAAGCGAAUACAUAAGGAGGGAGAGUUUCGAGAGGAGGAAAUUCGCUUGAAGCUGGAAAAUAUGGAAAACUUAAUACAAAACAAAGAUACACAUAUUGAUGAGUUGAAUCAGAACAUAGCGCAUUUGGAAACUGAUCUGAAAGCUUUAGCAGGCGAUUUUCUUUUUUCAUGUCGUGAGCUGCGCAAGGAAGAAUUCAUCACUAUACUCGAUUCAUUGGAAGCUGAAAAAAAUGAACUACUGAAACAUAAUAAAAUACUAGUUAUGCGUAGUGAACAGGAUCGUGUCAAGAACGAAGCGCUUCAUGAUCAGGUGGCCAAACAGAAAGUGCGAAUUUCACGUUUGGAAUCGCGUAUCCGGGAGCUUGAGAAGGAAACCGAAAUACAUUCAGAGCGCAAGAAACGCACGCAACGCAUUGCCGACUAUGUGAACAGUAUGAGCUCAGUAUCGUCGAUAGGCACCUUCGUUUUUGAGAAUACUUCGCUGAGUAACUUAUCGAAUACGGAGGGCGACGAUAUGACACCAGCACAAAUUUACCAAAUGAGACAUGAACUCGAAUAUGCCAAGGAGAAGCUAACAUACUUAACUGAGAAAGUGAUGCAUUUGCAGGAAGAAAAAGAAAAUGAUGCACGCGCUUUUGCGGAUAUAAUAAGCAGUUCCAAAAGUGUUGUGUUGGAGACAAUAUUGGGCAAUCGGAGUAAUGCUACGUUGUCAGUGCAGAUCAAUACUGAGGGAUCGGGACGGGCUUAGCGAGCAUUCAUAAACUUGAAAUAUGAAAUUUUUGUUUGGUGUUAGCAUUCAAAAAUAUUCGGAAUUGAUGAUAUAUGGGCGUGAAUAUAUGUAUGAGAGUCUUAAGAUGAAUAGCUUUUCUUAAAUAUGUAGUGCCGAUAUUGUCGUUUAAAAUUUUGAUUACAAGCAUACAAAAUUUAUGUUGAAUUGAAAUCAGUUUCCUAACUAAUAUAAACAGUUUACCAGGUAAAUUUCUUUGUU